UUUCCAACGUCAGGCCCAACUGCCCAAAGCUAUAUCAUCAAACCUAUAAAUUACCUUUCCAUUUGAUCUUACCACUUCUCUAGAACAGUAAACUCCAUUCAGCCAUGGAUUCUGUACCGGUGAAUUGGGAGGCACUUGACUCUCUAAUUAUCGAUUUCGUCAAAUCCGAAAACCUAAUCGAAGACUCCCUUUCUCCUCCUGCUUCUCCUUCGUCAUCGUCAUCGUCAUCUUCGUCUUCGUCUUAUCAGUCACGAUUACUUAUUCGGCAGAUCAGACGGUCAGUGGAGUGUGGUGACAUUGAUGCCGCUAUCGAUCUCUUGCGUGUUCACGCGCGUUUUCUUCUCGAUGAUCAUCGUCUUCUCUUCUGCCUACAGAAGCAGAGGUUUAUUGAACUUUUGAGGAAACGAACUGCAGAGGACCGAGAAUCUGCCAUUAAUUGCCUCCGAGAGUCACUGGCACCUUGUGCGUUGGAUGCAUAUCCAGAAGCAUAUGAGGAAUUUAAGCAUAUUCUUCUCGCCUUGGUUUACGAUGAAGAUGAUAAGAAUUCUCCAGUGGCGAAUGAGUGGUCCCCAAAGAGGAGGAUUGACAUUACUGGACUGCUUUCAUCUGUUUUAAGGGCUCAUUUAUGUGCAUAUGAUCCUCUUUUUGCAAUGUCAUUGAGGUACUUGAUAAGCAUACACAAGUUAUUUUGCUUUCGCCAGGGAGUCCCAUCACCUAUAUCCGAUCUCACGCAGAGAUUACUUCUUGAGGAUCGUGACCCUCCUGCAACACCUCUUGAGAGUUUCUAUGAAGCACCUCCAUUUGACGAGGUGGACAUACAAGCUCUUGCUCAUGCGGUAGAGCUUACAAGGCAGGGGGCUAUUGAUAGCUUGAGAUUUGCCAAGGGUGACUUAUAUCAAGCAUUUCAGAAUGAGUUAUGCCGGAUAAGGUUGGAUGACCCUAUGUUUGAUGAGCUUGUUCAUGAGUAUUGUGUCUAUCGGGGUUUCAUCGAGUUCAGUGUGGUAGAUUCUCCUGGGAUGCAACUUGAUUCUGGAAGUAUCAACAAUGAUCAAUCAGAGUGUGAACAUUUAUCAAAGAACUGUUCAACAGAAGUUGGGUAUGGAGACACUAAACUUUCUGGCAGUGGUACCUCUGCUACUCAAGUUAUCAUGGAGGGAUCACCUGAAAGUAAUACCAACUUGGUUAGCAUUCAAAGUACUGAUACUGAAGAGCGUUAUCCUAGCGAGACAAGUCAUGGGGAUUGCAGUACCAGUUGGAAUCCUCAGUUCGAAAAAGUUCUGCAGAAAAAUAAAUGUCUUAGAGUUGGCGAAACAAACAAACGGAAAAGAUGGAGGGGGAGACAUGAAAAAGAAGAAUUUGUGUCUGGACCUAACAAUGAAAGGAGCAGAGAAGAACUUAAUUCUAGCAGCAGCAGCUCAGUUGCCAGCACGAUUGUGUUGAAAGAUCAGCAGGUUUCUCCAAAAUCAUGCUUCCCGAAUAUGAUGAAGAAUAGAGAGGACAAGUAUGAGCUUGUGCUGGGCUUGCAGGAAUUAGCCAGCAGAGGAAUGGCAGUGGAGGUAGUUGAGGAGAUUAAUGAGAUGGACCCGAACUUUUUCGUGCAGAACCCUGCUCUACUUUUUCAGCUUAAGCAGGUUGAAUUUUUGAAGCUGGUUGGCUCCGGGAAUCAUACUCAGGCACUGAGGGUAGCCUGUUCGUUUCUGGGUCCUUUGGCUUCUAGUCAUCCUGAUCUGUUGAAGCCUUUGAAGGAGACUUUGCUAGCUUUGCUCAAACCUAAUGAAGAGGCAUUCAAUGAGCGCUUGCCCUUAUGUGCUCUUGCCAAUUCACUCCAGGUAUUACAUUCUGCACUUUUUGUGGUAAAAACAGGUUCCGAGUGAACCCUUUGCCUGCUUAUCUUUUUUCCAAUCCUUACAUCUCUUUAUCUCCUCUGUGUAUGUAAUACGGGGUGCUGCUUCUUGAUGCGAGAAUGUACCGUGCCUAAAAGUAUCUUGCCUCUAGUUCGAUGACCUUGUUUUUCUGCAUUGAGGCUAAGAAAAGGUAGUUUAAGUAACAGCUUGAAUGUUAGAGACAUACAACGUCCCAUAU